ACCAACUGCUCACGUCGCCCAGCUCGGCCCGGGGCUACCAGGGUUACCCCGGGGGCGACUACGGAGGCGGGCCCCAGGACGGGGGCGCCGGCAAGGGCCCGGCGGACAUGGCCUCGCAGUGCUGGGGGGCUGCUGCUGCGGCGGCGGCGGCGGCGGCAGCCGCCUCGGGAGGGGCCCAACAAAGGAGCCACCACGCGCCCAUGAGCCCCGGGAGCAGCGGCGGCGGGGGGCAGCCGCUCGCCCGGACCCCGCAGCCAUCCAGUCCAAUGGAUCAGAUGGGCAAGAUGAGACCUCAGCCAUAUGGCGGGACUAACCCAUACUCGCAACAGCAGGGACCUCCGUCAGGACCGCAGCAAGGACAUGGGUACCCAGGGCAGCCAUAUGGGUCCCAGACCCCGCAGCGGUACCCGAUGACCAUGCAGGGCCGAGCGCAGAGUACCAUGGGCGGCCUCUCUUAUGCACAGCAGAUUCCUCCUUAUGGACAACAAGGCCCCAGCGGGUAUGGUCAGCAGGGCCAGACUCCAUAUUACAACCAGCAAAGUCCUCACCCCCAGCAACAGCAGCCUCCCUACUCCCAGCAGCCACCAUCCCAGACCCCUCACGCCCAACCUUCAUAUCAGCAGCAGCCGCAGUCUCAGCCACCACAGCUCCAGUCCUCUCAGCCUCCGUAUUCUCAGCAGCCACCCCAGCCUCCCCAUCAGCAGUCCCCAACUCCAUAUCCCUCCCAGCAGUCAACCACCCAGCAGCACCCCCAGAGCCAGCCCCCCUACUCACAGCCGCAGGCACAGUCUCCCUACCAGCAGCAGCAACCUCAGCAGCCAGCAUCCUCGACGCUUUCCCAGCAGGCUGCGUACCCUCAGCCCCAGUCUCAGCAGUCACAGCAAACUGCCUAUUCCCAGCAGCGCUUCCCUCCACCACAGGAGUUAUCUCAAGAUUCAUUUGGAUCUCAGGCGUCCUCAGCCCCCUCAAUGACCUCCAGUAAGGGAGGGCAAGAAGAUAUGAACCUGAGUCUUCAGUCAAGACCUUCAAGCUUGCCUGAUCUGUCUGGUUCAAUAGACGAUCUCCCCAUGGGGACAGAAGGAGCUCUGAGCCCUGGAGUGAGCACAUCAGGGAUUUCCAGCAGCCAAGGGGAGCAGAGUAAUCCAGCUCAGUCUCCUUUCUCUCCCCAUACCUCCCCUCACCUGCCUGGCAUUCGAGGCCCCUCCCCGUCGCCUGUUGGCUCUCCUGCCAGUGUUGCUCAGUCUCGCUCAGGACCACUCUCGCCUGCUGCAGUGCCAGGCAACCAGAUGCCACCUCGGCCUCCCAGUGGCCAGUCAGACAGCAUCAUGCAUCCUUCUAUGAACCAAUCAAGCAUUGCCCAAGAUCGAGGUUACAUGCAGAGGAACCCCCAGAUGCCCCAGUACAGUUCCCCACAGCCUGGCUCAGCCUUAUCUCCACGUCAGCCUUCUGGAGGACAGAUGCACGCAGGCAUGGGCUCCUACCAGCAGAACUCCAUGGGGAGCUAUGGUCCCCAGGGGAGUCAGUACGGCCCACAGGGAGGCUACCCUAGGCAGCCGAACUAUAAUGCCUUGCCCAAUGCUAACUACCCCAGUGCAGGCAUGGCUGGAAGCAUGAAUCCUAUGGGUGCUGGAGGUCAGAUGCAUGGGCAGCCUGGCAUCCCACCUUAUGGCACACUCCCUCCAGGAAGAAUGAGUCACACCUCCAUGGGCAACCGGCCUUAUGGCCCCAACAUGGCCAAUAUGCCACCUCAGGUUGGGUCAGGGAUGUGUCCCCCACCAGGGGGCAUGAACCGGAAAACUCAAGAAACUGCUGUCGCCAUGCAUGUUGCUGCCAACUCUAUCCAAAACAGGCCACCAGGCUACCCCAAUAUGAAUCAAGGGGGCAUAAUGGGAACUGGACCUCCCUAUGGACAAGGGAUUAAUAGUAUGGCUGGCAUGAUCAACCCUCAGGGACCCCCAUAUCCCAUGGGUGGAACCAUGGCCAACAAUUCAGCAGGAAUGGCAGCCAGCCCAGAGAUGAUGGGCCUUGGGGAUGUCAAGUUAACUCCAGCCACCAAAAUGAACAACAAGGCCGAUGGGACACCCAAGACAGAAUCCAAAUCCAAGAAAUCCAGUUCUUCUACUACAACCAAUGAGAAGAUCACCAAGUUGUAUGAGCUGGGUAGUGAGCCUGAAAGGAAGAUGUGGGUGGACCGUUACCUGGCCUUCACGGAGGAGAAGGCCAUGGGCAUGACAAAUCUGCCUGCUGUGGGUAGGAAACCUCUGGACCUGUAUCGCCUCUAUGUGUCUGUGAAGGAGAUUGGUGGAUUGACUCAGGUCAACAAGAACAAAAAAUGGCGGGAACUUGCGACCAACCUCAAUGUCGGCACCUCAAGCAGUGCUGCCAGCUCCUUAAAAAAGCAGUACAUCCAGUGUCUCUAUGCCUUUGAGUGCAAGAUUGAACGGGGAGAAGACCCUCCCCCAGACAUCUUUGCAGCUGCUGAUUCCAAGAAGUCCCAGCCCAAGAUCCAGCCUCCCUCUCCUGCAGGAUCAGGGUCAAUGCAGGGGCCACAGACACCUCAGUCAACCAGCAGUUCCAUGGCAGAAGGAGGAGACCUGAAGCCACCAACUCCAGCAUCCACACCACACAGCCAGAUCCCCCCCUUGCCAGGCAUGAGCAGGAGCAAUUCUGUCGGGAUCCAGGAUGCCUUUCCUGAUGGAAGUGACCCCACAUUCCAGAAGCGGAAUUCCAUGACUCCAAACCCUGGGUACCAGCCCAGUAUGAAUACCUCUGACAUGAUGGGGCGCAUGUCCUAUGAGCCAAAUAAGGAUCCUUAUGGCAGCAUGAGGAAAGCUCCAGGGAGUGAUCCCUUCAUGUCCUCAGGGCAGGGCCCCAACGGCGGGAUGGGGGACCCCUAUAGUCGAGCUGCCGGCCCUGGGCUGGGAAAUGUGGCGAUGGGACCGCGACAGCACUAUCCCUAUGGAGGUCCUUAUGACAGAGUGAGGACGGAGCCUGGAAUAGGACCCGAGGGAAACAUGGGCACUGGAGCCCCACAGCCGAAUCUCAUGCCUUCCAACCCAGACUCGGGGAUGUAUUCUCCUAGCCGUUACCCCCAACAGCAGCAGCAGCAGCAGCAGCAGCAACGACAUGAUUCCUAUGGCAAUCAGUUUUCCGCUCAAGGCACCCCUUCCGGCAGCCCCUUCCCCAGCCAGCAGACCACAAUGUAUCAGCAGCAGCAGCAGAAUUACAAGCGGCCAAUGGAUGGCACAUAUGGCCCUCCUGCCAAGCGGCACGAAGGGGAGAUGUACAGCGUGCCAUACAGCACGGGGCAGGGGCAGCCCCAGCAGCAGCAGUUGCCCCCAGCCCAGCCCCAGCCUGCCAGCCAGCAACAAGCUGCUCAGCCUUCCCCUCAGCAAGAUGUGUACAACCAGUAUGGCAACGCCUAUCCUGCCACUGCCGCCGCUGCUACUGAGCGCCGACCAGCAGGCGGCCCCCAGAACCAGUUUCCAUUCCAGUUUGGCCGAGACCGUGUCUCAGCACCCCCCGGCUCCAAUGCCCAGCAGAACAUGCCACCGCAAAUGAUGGGCGGCCCCAUACAGGCAUCAGCUGAGGUUGCUCAGCAGGGCACCAUGUGGCAGGGGCGUAAUGACAUGACCUACAAUUACGCCAACAGGCAGAGCACAGGCUCUGCCCCCCAAGGCCCUGCCUAUCAUGGAGUGAACCGAACAGAUGAAAUGCUGCACACGGAUCAGAGGGCCAACCAUGAAGGCCCAUGGCCUUCCCAUGGCACACGCCAGCCCCCAUAUGGUCCUUCUGCCCCCGUGCCUCCCAUGACAAGGCCCCCUCCAUCCAACUACCAGCCCCCACCAAGCAUGCAGAAUCACAUUCCUCAGGUAUCCAGCCCUGCUCCCCUGCCCCGGCCAAUGGAGAACCGCACCUCUCCUAGCAAGUCUCCAUUCCUGCACUCUGGGAUGAAGAUGCAGAAGGCAGGUCCCCCAGUACCUGCCUCGCACAUAGCACCUACCCCUGUGCAGCCCCCUAUGAUUCGGCGGGACAUCACCUUCCCACCUGGCUCUGUUGAAGCCACACAGCCUGUGUUGAAGCAGAGGAGGCGGCUCACAAUGAAAGACAUCGGAACCCCAGAGGCAUGGCGGGUAAUGAUGUCCCUCAAGUCUGGGCUGCUGGCAGAGAGUACGUGGGCAUUAGACACCAUUAACAUCCUGCUGUAUGAUGACAACAGCAUCAUGACCUUCAACCUCAGUCAGCUCCCAGGGUUGCUAGAGCUCCUUGUGGAAUACUUCCGACGUUGCCUGAUUGAGAUCUUUGGCAUUUUAAAGGAGUACGAGGUGGGUGACCCAGGACAGAGAACACUACUGGACCCUGGGAGAUACAGCAAAGUGUCUAGUCCAGCCCCUGUGGAGGAGGAGGAGGAGGAGGAGGAAGACCUUCUAGGUCCUAAACUAGAGGAGGAAGAGGAGGAGGAAGUAAUUGAAAAUGAUGAAGAGAUGGCCUUUUCGGGCAAGGACAAGGCAGCCCCAGAGAAUAGUGAGGAGAAACUGAUUAGUAAGUUUGACAAGCUUCCAGUAAAGAUCGUACAGAAGAAUGACCCAUUUGUGGUGGACUGCUCAGAUAAGCUUGGGCGUGUGCAGGAGUUUGACAGUGGCCUGCUGCACUGGCGGAUUGGUGGGGGGGACACCACUGAGCAUAUCCAGACCCACUUUGAGAGCAAGACAGAGCUGCUGCCUACCCGGCCUCAUGUGCCCUGCCCACCAGUCACCCGGAAGUAUGCAGCGGUAGAAGGUACACCAGGGACAGCAGAGCAGGAGGGCCCCCCACCUGAUGGCCCUCCAGAAAAACGGAUCACAGCCACUAUGGAUGACAUGUUGUCAACCCGGUCUAGCACGUUGACCGAGGAGGGAGCUAAGAGUGUAGAGGCCACCAAGGAAAGCAACAAGUUUCCAUUUGGCAUCAGCCCAGCACAGAGCCACCGGAACAUCAAGAUCCUAGAGGAUGAACCCCACAGUAAAGAUGAGACCCCACUGUGUACCCUUCUGGACUGGCAGGAUUCCCUUGCCAAGCGCUGCGUCUGUGUCUCCAAUACCAUCCGAAGCCUGUCAUUUGUACCAGGCAACGACUUUGAGAUGUCCAAACACCCGGGGCUGCUGCUGAUCCUCGGCAAGCUGAUCCUUCUGCACCACAAGCACCCAGAACGGAAGCAGGCACCACUAACUUAUGAGAAGGAGGAGGAGCAGGACCAAGGGGUGAGCUGCAACAAAGUGGAGUGGUGGUGGGACUGCUUGGAGAUGCUUCGGGAAAACACCUUGGUCACGCUUGCCAACAUCUCGGGGCAGUUGGACCUCUCCCCAUACCCUGAGAGCAUUUGCCUGCCUGUCCUGGACGGACUCCUACACUGGGCAGUCUGCCCUUCAGCUGAAGCCCAGGACCCCUUCUCCACUCUGGGCCCCAACGCCGUCCUCUCCCCCCAGAGACUGGUCUUGGAAACCCUCAGCAAACUCAGCAUCCAGGACAACAAUGUGGACCUGAUUCUGGCCACGCCCCCCUUCAGCCGCCUGGAGAAGUUGUAUAGCACCAUGGUGCGCUUCCUCAGUGACCGAAAGAACCCGGUAUGCCGGGAGAUGGCCGUAGUACUGCUGGCCAACCUGGCACAGGGUGACAGCCUGGCAGCCCGAGCCAUUGCAGUGCAGAAGGGCAGCAUCGGCAACCUCCUGGGCUUCCUGGAGGACAGUCUUGCUGCCACACAGUUCCAGCAGAGCCAAGCCAGCCUGCUCCACAUGCAGAACCCGCCCUUUGAGCCAACUAGUGUGGACAUGAUGCGACGGGCUGCCCGUGCACUGCUGGCCCUGGCCAAGGUGGACGAGAACCACUCAGAGUUCACGCUGUACGAGUCACGGCUGUUGGACAUCUCGGUAUCACCGUUGAUGAACUCAUUGGUUUCACAAGUCAUUUGUGAUGUACUGUUUUUGAUUGGCCAGUCAUGACAGCCGUGGGACACCUCCCUCCCUGUGUGUGUGUGCGUGUGUGGAGAACUUAGAAACUGACUGUUGCCCUUUAUUUAUGCAAAACCACCUCAGAAUCCAGUUUACCCUGUGCUGUCCAGCUUCUCCCUUGGGAAAAAAGUUUCUCCUGUUUCUCCUUCCUCCUCUUCCUCCCCCCUCCCUCCCUCUUACCUUUCUAUUCCCUGUCCUCACUUUAUCCCCCUCAGGACCCUACCCUAUUUGAAAAGACAAAGCUCUGCCUACAUAGAAGAUUUUUUUAUUUUAACCAAAGUUACUGUCGUUUACAGUGAGUUUGGGGAAAAAAAAAUAAAAUAAAAAUGGCUUUCCCGGUCCUUGCAUCAACGGGAUGCCACAUUUCAUAACUGUUUUUAAUGGUAAAAAAAAAAAAGGAAAAAAAUACAAAAAAAAAAACCUGAAGGACAAAAAUGGUGACUGCUGAACUGUGUGUGGUUUAUUGUUGUACAUUCACAAUCUUGCAGGAGCCGAGAAGUUCGCAGUUGUGGACAGACCCUGUUCACUGGAGAGGCCUGUGCAGUAGAGUGUAGACCCUUUCAUGUACUGUACUGUACACCUGAUACUGUAAACAUACUGUAAUAAUAAUGUCUCACAUGGAAACAAGAGAAAAUGCUGGGUCAGCAGCAAGCUGUAGUUUUUAAAAAUGUUUUUAGUUAAACGUUGAGGAGAAAAAAAAAA